AUGGCAGUAUCCCAGCAUGAACUGUAUAAGCUAUCUGCAACGCAGGCAGCUGGGCUGAUACGCACGAACCAGCUUUCAGCACAGGACUAUGCCAAAGCGCUGCUCGACAGAGUACGUGAACGAGACCCGCAAGUGAGAGCUUGGGCAUAUCUAGACGAGAAUGCCAUCCUGAAACAGGCAAGGAAGCUGGACGCAUUACCUCCAGAGAAGAGAGGGCCGUUGCAUGGUAUCGCAGUCGGUAUCAAGGAUAUUUUUCUCACCCGAGACAUGCCAACCAAGUACUACUCGCGUCUACAUGCCCAGGAUGGAAACGCCGCUGCCGAUUCAGCUUGCGUUAGCGUUUUACGCGCAGCUGGAGCCAUCAUUUUCGGCAAGACGGCGACAACAGAGUUUGCGAGCAUGACAGAAGGCAGUCCAUGCGCCAACCCACAUAAUAGUAGGCAUACACCCGGCGGUUCCUCGUCGGGCUCGGCGGCUGCCGUGGCAGAUUUUCAGGUACCGCUGUCAAUUGGCACUCAAACGGGGGGGAGCGUCGUUCGCCCGGCGUCGUUUAACGGCGUUUAUGGUUUCAAACCGACUUGGGGUACCGUUUCGACCGAAGGAACCAGCAUAGUCUCAGUGUCUGCAGAUACACCAGGGUUCUACGCCCGAAGUGUUGACGAUCUUGAGUUUCUAGCACACUUGUUCCGCUUGGACGCCCUGCUCACUGAACCCCUGCACCCACUCUCCAUCAUCGGUGCGAGGAUCGCCUUCGUCAAGACUCACAUUUGGCCGGAAGCUCAAUCUGGUACCCGGGCGGCAUGGAAUCUAGCCCACAGAUUACUGGCGGAGACCGGAGCCAAGGUUGAACAUGUUGAGCUGCCUGAGCGGUUUGGGAAUUGCCCCGAGUGGAGAGAAAUCGUUGUUGCUGAGGAGGCAAGGGCCGCAUAUUUGCCCAAAUACCUUCAAGACCAGACCAAAUUACACGCCGAUAUUGUCGCCCUCGUCGAGUCCACCAAUGUGCCCAGUCGAAAGAAGCUUCUCGAGGCUCAUGACGGCAUCGCUCGCUUACGCAGAGAAUGGGACCUGAUUGCCAGCCAGUACGACAUAAUCAUCACACCAAGCGCAAUCGAUGAGGCGCCAGAGGGCCUUGAGAGCACGGGUACCGCGGCAUGUCUCCUUCCAGCUGGCCUUUUGUGGUUGUACAGACGCUGA